AUGAAUGUGGAGAAAGUGAUGGAGGGUAUAGCUACCUUGCAAUUGGAUUCGUUUUUGCAAUUAACCUCUCUCGCUCAAGAUCUAGGCCCUGUUAGAACAAGAUUAGAGUUGAUUCCGCUACUGUGUCGAGUUCAAGAUGAUGACCCAAGUUACCUUCUAAUAAUUCUGGCCCACUACUUGGGCAACUUCAUUCCAUUAGUGGGAGGGAUUGAUCAUGGUUACGUUUUGCUUAUACCCUUGGAGAAUAUUUGCACGGCAGAGAAUAAUGAUGUUCGAGAAAAAGUAAUGGAGUCUCUUUGCACCAUAGGUAGCCAGCUUAGGGAAGAACACAGUACAGAAUACUUCAACCCGUUAGUAAAGAGAUUAGCUACAGCAGAACAAAUAUGGUCUACAGCCCGAGCCACUUCAUGUGGGUUAUUUCACAUAGCUUAUGCCAAUGCCUCAGUUUCAUUACAAAACGAGCUGAAAACAUUAUACAUCAAACUAUGUCGGGAUCCUUCGAAUAGGGUGAGGGAAGCAGCUGCAAUAAAAAUUGGAAAAUUUGCUGCGACUAUUGAGCAACCGCAUACACAAAAAGAGAGUAAUAUUAUAGUGGAUAAGGAAACCAAUGAACAUUCUGUUGGGAUAUCAGCUGUGAAGGGGGGUUGUUCAGCUUCAAGGAAGCUAUUGGAGCCACAAGAAUUGGUAGUUGAGCAUGCUCAGGAUGAAUAUUGGGGAGUUUUUCCUAUGAUACCAGAAGAACUAAAUGAACUGUGUAAGGCAGUUGGACCAGAUGCUACCAGGACGGAUUUGGUUUCUGCCUAUCUCUGGCUACUUUGUGAUGAUGAUGACGAAGUCCGAAGAGCUGCUGCUGGUCAGCUCAACCUGUUUUGCCAAAUGUUGAGUCCUGAACUUCUUUUCAAGAAAAUCCUUUCUUGUGUCAUGGUAUUCUCGUUACCAGAUCCAUCCCAGUAUGCUGUUUCAGCUAGGGCUACCUAUUUGGUCUUUUCCUUAGGAAAGAUAUGCAUGAUUAUGCACAGAGAACAAUUAGCUUUGAGUUGGGUAUUGGAUUGUUUGAUGUCUUGUUGGAGAACAAGACUCAAAUUUGCCUCUGAGCAAAGUAACCGUCAUCCGAUCGAGCAUCUAAUUCUUGUGGAUAAGUUUACGUUCCUAGUGGUCUCCAUGUUGUUGUCUCUAUGUGACAAUGAUGAAAGUUUGCUCGGUCUGAUUUCCAGCAAAGUAAUCUGUUCAGAUUUAUUCAAGGUUCUGGCAAGGGCGGAGAGGUUUAUAGUCCGGGAUGAUGUUGUAACUUCAGAAGUUUUGAGGGCUGAGAAGCAAAUAGGCCAUGGUGAUGUUGUCAAGGGAUUGCAUGAGUUCCUCACCAAAGUCAUAGAUUACCAGUUUACUGUUGCCUUCAAGAACUAUGUUUUUCUAUUUGAUGGAAUUAACUUUUUCUAG